AUGGACCCAAAGACAUUUUAUGGACCAGAUGAGAAGCAGAAAAAAAUCGUGAAAAGUUUGUUGGAUUCAAUAAAUGCCAAUGAUCGACAUGGUGCAAUUGAUCAUUUUGCUCCAGAAUUUCAAAUCGAAGAAAGAGGUUUAUCAAUUAAAGAAAUGGAUCGACAUGAAUUUGUUGAUAAGCUAAUGAAGGAACGUCCACAUCAUUAUAAUGCCGCUGGAGUUUUGUCUGGUUCGGUAUCUGAUAUGAUGGCUGGACAUCAAAGUGUGAGCAGUGGAGGUGAAAUGCGUUUCGAUUUUACGACUCGAAAAGAUUCGAUAGGCGCAGAUGUGUUAACACAAGGAUCAUAUGAGACAUUAGCCAGAAAACCAUUUUAUGAUUUUGAGCCGGUGACAACACCAAAUCCAUUCGAUCAACCUUCAACAUCAAAUGCUCGAAAAUGUACUUUUCGGGAUUUUGAUAGAGGAAAUGAAGAUUUUUGCGAUUAUAUGGCAGCUCGAAAACGACAUCAGAGAAAAGAAAGAGAAGAAGAAGAAGCUCGACGACUUGCUCAAAAUUCUGAUUGUGUGGAGCCCACUCGUGAAGAUUAUGAGAAAUGCUUGAGAAAAGGAAGUUGGGGUGGAUAA